AUGAACACUGUCGUUCUUGAACAUGUCGACGAGGACAAGCCGUGCGCCGCGGUAGUGCCCCCUCCUUCUGCCAUCGCCUCCACGAUAGCGCCGCUCAUGUCCCGAAGAAGCAGGCCGUCCACUCUGGAGACCCUCGCCACGGACGUCGUCGUGGCCCAGGUACUGCCGGCGCUGGAGCGAGUCGUGCUGGCCCAACCGGACGGCGGCGGCAACGUCGACGAGGCCCUAUGCGAGGGCCGCAACCCUUUCGUGUCCUGCAAGCCGGCCAUCAUCGAGUCGCUCAUCGAGAAGAUACAGAAGAAGCGAGGCCACCUCAACUUGACCAGCCUGCAGUUAGAGAUCCUCCUUUGCCGAGCGGGAGUCAAGAAGCUCGACCUGUUCCUCACAUCUGAGUUCCUGGCGCGAAAGGACGCACUGAGGUUCCCCCGCAUGUUCCGCCGCAUCAGCACUUUCGGCGCCGAGCUGACGGACCUGUCGCUCGAGUUCUACUUGACGUGCAACAACGACGAGCUGUGCGCCAUGUUGGCGACGCUGCCCAACCUGCGGCACUUCCUCGUCGCCUUCGAGAACCUCUCGGACCGCGUGCUCGAGACGCUGGGCGAGAAGUGCCCGCAGCUGCAGAAGCUCACGCUCUGCGAAACGCCUCAGGUCACCGACGCCGGUCUUCGGUCCCUGGUCGACGAAACGGGAACCAGAGGCUGCCGGCACCUGGUGUACAUCUCGAUAGAGGGCGCGCCGGUGGGCGUCACCGUCAGGAGCGUCGUGUACCUCCUCGAGAAGCUGCCACACCUGGAGGCCAUACACCUGCCGUCGCUGGACAAGGCGCUUGUGGUGCUGAACGAGAUCAAGCCUCCGGACUUCAAGCUGGCCCUGCGCGAGUUCAAGGACGUCAACGUGUUCACCGUGCAGACCUCGGUGCGGCCGACCAUGCGCGAGUUCCUUGCCAAGAGCAUCGAGCUCUGUCCCCGGCUGCAGGCCAUCGACAUCGAGGUGAAGACCUCGGACGAUAUCUCGCCCCUCAGGCUGCUCGCCGGCCUCACCGAGCUGUCCAUCCGGACGUCCGAGUCCACCUCUGAGUGGUUCUUCUACACGCAGCUGGAGCCGGUCCUACAGGAAGCCGGUCUUCAGCUGACCUCGCUCAAGCUGGCCAUGCCGGACGUCGACCUGGCCGCCGUGGACGCGGCCUGCCCGAGCAUCAAGACCCUGCAGCUCAUAGCCAUCAACAUGUGCUGGAGGCGCAACGGCGUCAAGUUGAGGGACCAGCCGUUCGGUGACCUCGAGGCUCUGUUCCUGGACCCGGAGAGUCCGCACUCCAUGAAGUCGCGAGACCUGGGCCUCCUGCUGAACGGCUCGUACACCCUCAAGGAGCUCGUGCUCGGUUGCUGCGACUGCUUCGACGACGUGUUCGUCAUGGAGUCCCUGCAGAGGGGCCUGUUCAGGAACCUGACGCGCCUCGAGUUGCACAACCAGCGCACAGUGGGCAUCCUGGGCAUCCAGCAACUGGUGUUGCUCGACGAAGUCCUCGAGUCGCUCACGCUGAAGGAAUGCACCGCGCUGAGCACUGACGACCUCGCUUUUCUAACGGGGACGGCGUGCGCGCUCAACUUUCAGCUCAAGGUGCAGACGUGACGUGUCU